AGCUCAAGAAAGUACCUGAUCAAGCAUCGAAGAACUCACACAGGGGAAAAGCCUUAUAAAUGUAAAAUCUGCGAGAAACGUUUCACCCAACGUGGCACCCUAAGCGCCCAUUUACGUCGACACGAGGGUGUCAGGAGAUCGACGCCGAGGAACCAAAAAUAGAAACGCUCGAGGAUAUGGAACUGGUGAAGUAUGAGAGUGAUAUAUGCACAGUCGAGGAGUUCGAACAGAUUAGCCACCAAGAAAUAAUAACUGACACGUUGGGAGAAAGUCAAGACAACAUGGACAUAAAGGUGUCCCUCCAGGACGAAGAACUGUCAAUGAACUCUAAUAAAGUUUUCACCAAGAAAUACGAGAGCAGAAAAUGCUCGAUCGUGUACGAAUGCGACAUUUGUAACAAGAGAAUGCGCAAGAAGCUUCAAUUCCUGAAGCACAGGCAGGACCACGAGAGGAAUGACGAGGAAGGUGGAAUGGAUCGUUGCGAAGAAUGUGACAGAAGUUUCACGGACGAAGAGAAGCUGAGAAAGCACGUGAUCAAGGUGCAUCAGAAAGAGAAACCGUUUCAAUGCGUUCUCUGCAACAAAUGCUUCAAAACGGAGGAAUUCUUGAAGACACACCUGAAGCAGCACAACAAACGUUUCACGUGCGACAUUUGCGGUAUCUCGAAGGUAUCCGGUUACGAUCUUCGUUUGCAUAAAAAGAAACACAACGAGGAGUACGUGACGCAUUGCGAGAUCUGCGGCAAAGGCUUCUACACGAACCAAACUCUGGAGAGACACUUGCUCACUCAUACUGGCGAGAAGCCAUUCGUCUGCAAGGUGUGCAACACCCCGUACGCGAGCGCCGCUUAUCUGAACACGCACAUGAAGUCCCACGGCGAACGUGAGAAACACAAAUGCAAUAUUUGCAAUUUCGAGAGCUAUUGGAAAGCGGCUUUGAAGGUACACCUUAAAAUCCACACGGGCGAGAAUUUGAUUACCUGCGAGAUCUGCGGGAAAUUAGUGUCGAGUAAGGCUUACCUGCAAAUCCACAUGCGUAUACACUCUGGCGAGAAACCGCAUGUCUGCGAAAUAUGUGGCAAAUCUUUCAGCGUUCGAAAAUAUCUGAUUGUACACUUGAGAACGCAUACAGGCGAAAGACCGUAUGAGUGUAAGGUAUGCCAGAAAAGGUUUACGCAGCAGGGUUCGUUGAAUUCGCACAUGAAGUCGCAUAACGAACGAAAAUGAACCAUAAAACAUAUAUGUGCGUGUGUUUGUGUAAGAUUAUUGAGAGGUAACGGUGAAAGAUAUUGUGGAAUAUUUGGUGUAUUAGGUCUUUUCGUGAUGACUGUCACUUUUGAACUUUUUGGAAGAUAUUUCAUCAUUCUAAAAGAUUCGUUAGAUAUUUCAAUUAUCUACACUUCGUUAUUUAGAAUUAUUAAACAAUUAAAAUUCCUGUUUAAUUUUUUGAUAUUACGAUUUUACAAAGAUUAAAAACAACUUUAGUAAAAUUUCUUGAUGAGAAACAAUAUUAUUAACGAUAGAGGAAAGCUCAACAUGACAGUCAACACAACGUCGCGACAAUUUGUGAUUGUCAUUUUUUUACCCAGAUGUAUCUCUGUACUUCCCAAAUCGUAACUUUUACAAAAGAUAUUUCCAGUAAAACUUUUCUAACAGCGUAACAAGAUAUUCUCCUAUUGAAAGCAAGUGUAACUGCAAAUAUCGAAUACACCAGAUAUGAAUCUAUUAUAAUGCUAGAGGAUAAUGGUAAUACAGUUGAUAAGAGUUAUAUUGAGCAGUGUUACAACGAAAACAAAUUAGUUAUUAUUAAUUUCAUUGUUAUAAAAUGAUUGAAUUAAGUAAAUGGAACAGUUUUGAUUUGGCAGUAUUUGAAGCUAUUAAAAAUUAUUUUUGUUAACGAGAGGAAUAAUACAAAUGAUGAAAGAUACAGUAGAUAUUUUAAAAUUUCACGAUUUAAAAUGUGCCAUAAUGUACAAAAAAUCAUUGGAAAAUUAAUUUCAAGAAAGAUAAUAUGAUUUUUUUUUAACGAUAACAUAAUUUUUGAUUUAAUUUUCAUACAACAAGAAGAACAUAUGCGAAAAAUGGAAUAAAGCUUGUUGCAUAAUUCCAUAUUCUGAUUGCUUAUAAAUUAUUUACUGAAAAUAUAAAUAUUAAAACCAGUUUAUAUUGUAAUAAAUACAAUAUUCGUAUAGAUUUAAGUUUACUACUAGAUUUAUUUACAAAAUAUCAAGAUAUUAAUUAUAUAAUUUUUUUAUAUAGAUUUUCACUAACAUAAUUUUGCAAACUCUAUUGCUUUUUACUACUACAAUAGGAAACUUUUAAUGCAUUCAUAUAUCUUUUUAUGCAAAUACACAUUUUCACGGCUAAAAACGCACAUGCGCAAGUGAACAAAAACUUACUGGUUCGUUCAUGAAUAAAUUAAUUUGUAAGUUAAUUGACAGAAUACGAGUGAUACAUGCAUUCUGCAUACAUAUCGUAUAGUUUUAUUUUGUAAAAAAUGCAAAGAGAAGUAAGGAUUUCAUGCAAAAAAAUUAGAUAACAUUCUGUUACUCUUUGCUUGAUAUAGUAAAUUUUAAAAAUCAACUAUACAAUAAUCUUGAAUUUUUUUUAUAAUGUACGAAUAUUAUCGCUAUAAAAAUUAUAGAUAUGUUAGUUUUUAUUUCUAUUAAUUAUAUUAAGCGAGUCCUUUUUUUUACAUACUGUAAAUUUUUUUCAGAAAGAAUAGGCAAAAUAUAUAAUAUAUUUAUAACAAUUCGAAGGAGAAUUUUACUUUACCGUAAGGAAAUUAUACAUUCUGUAUUCAUAGCAACAGAAUAUAAUAAUGUCUUACCCCUGUAACAAAUUUUAUUAUUCCAACAACGAGCUUCAUUUUAUUUUAUAAAUAUAUUUUUGUAAUAAAUGUUAUUAUAGUCUUAUACAAAACAAGCCUUCGAGAAACAUAACACGUGUAAAGCAUUCAAGAGCCAAACGAAGAAGAAAGAAGAGGAGAGAACGUAACAAAAGAGAAUCCAACAUCGUAAUAUUCCUAUUGUAUGUCAUCCGAGUGUAUUUCGUCAGAUGUAAACCGAGCAAAAAAUGUUCUAACAAUAAAAGCCAGUUCCUCCCAUAAAAUCGAAGUUGUCGUUAGAUCUAUGCUAAUGAAAUAAGAAUCGCUAUUGACGACGCUCUUUUUUUCAUUUUCUUCGCAGAUCGCCGUCAAGUUCGAGGAUCGAACCACCGGCUCGACAAAUGAUCACGAAAAGAUCAGUAGUUUUACGCUCGAUAAAAGAA